UGUCACGAUUUCCAUUGGAAGCUGGGGAUUUGCAUGCCUCAGGCAACCCCUCCCAUUCAGAUAUAAGGACUCAGUAGCGCGUCGCGCUCAGUUCUUCCCAGGACCAAACGUAGUUUAGAUAAUCAUGUGUUGACAGUUGACAUCCGCAAUAUACGCAUGUUAACAAUAACUGCAACUGAUAGCCUGACGUUAAGUUUUCGGAGACACAUACGUACAUAUAUGCAGCGGGAGUGUUUCCCGAUUGAUUUCUCCGUGCUGCUGAAAACCCAAGCCUCCCGAUGAUGACAUUUGCCAUGCUGAGGCCCAUGGCUACUCACCUCGUCUAUCCCGACAUCAGCAUGAUGUCCGAGGACGAGGAGAACCGCAGCGAGAGCGACGGCAGCUCGGAUCAGAGCUACGGAUACUGCGCCAGCGCCGAGAAGCACCGGAGGAUGUCUCGCAAGUCCGGGGUCGGCGGCGUGGUGAUGGUGAAGCAGCGCAACGCGGCCAACGCCAGGGAGCGGGACCGCACGCAGAGCGUCAACACGGCUUUCACGGCGCUGCGGACUCUCAUUCCCACCGAGCCGGUGGACAGAAAGCUCUCUAAGAUCGAGACGCUUCGCCUGGCCUCCAGCUACAUCUCGCACCUGGCAAACGUGCUGCUUUUGGGGGACGGUAGCGAGGAUGGGCAGCCGUGCCUGAGCGCGGUGUACAGCGCGCAGGGGGACGGGGACGGCAAGCAGCCCAGGACCAUCUGUACUUUCUGUUUAAGCAACCAGAGGAAAGGGGUGAAGGAUGGCAGAGAUUGCCUGAGGAUGCGUGGAGUCAGUUCUCUGCGAAUGAGUCGCAGGUAGACGGCCUGCACAGCCGCCUGAAGCCGGAAUCAGUGUUCACUCUCAGGGAGCUCCAAGCCGGCCGUGGAGGACUGUCCGUGUCGGGGGACCCGAAAGCUGCAUCCAGAUCGAGAAACAGAGUGAAAUUCUUUCAUUUAGAGAAAGUCGCACGAACUGUUUCAGCCUCUCUGGGCGGGAUGGGGGAUGGGAGGGGGGGGUAGUUACUGUUUCAAGGCCGUUUGAACUUUAAUGCAGAGCAUGAAGUUAUUGCCGUUAAAAGAGAAUUUAUUGAAUUGUUACUUGCGUGGAGACAAUGCUUGUAUUCCUCUUUCAAAUAAAGUUUAUUUUUUCAAUAGCUGCAGAAUUUAUCGUUUCCAUUUUUUUACACCUUAAGCCUCAGUAUUUUUUAAAAAAAAGAUGAAAAUGUAUUCGAUUUUAUAAAUUGUACCUCAGUAGUUACUUAGAACAUUAUGUUGAUGUGUAUUCAAGUGACUGCACCUGUCUCAGAUUAGUAUGGUUAAUAAUCUUUAGUCCAUGUGGUUAUAGAUAUAUGCUGUAUGUAUAUAUGCAGUAGGCCUGCAUAUCAUAAUAUACAUAGAGCACAUAAACUUCAUAUAUACACAUACAUACACACAUUCAGUCAGCCUGUCCCAAUAUAAUGGCAUUAUUAAUUGACAGUUUGCUCAGACCAUAUGUAUGUGAAGACAGAUUUCUCUUCAUGGGGCUUCAUUAACAGUCUGGGAUCAAUGCAAGGUGCCUUAAACAGUAACAUGUGUUGGCAUGAAAGACAUUUCCCUCCAAGUCAUGCUGUGAACAUUUUACUGAUUGGAAAAAUUUGUUAAGUGGAGAUUUAACAAAUGUGACAGAAUGCAUGAACUGCAAAACUCGAAUGCUUUUGACAGAAUGAAAAUACAUUUUUUACGUCAUGUUGGAUUUUAUUCAUAUAUGUUCCUGAAAUUCUGUUUUCGAUUCUGUUUUCCUAAAAAUUUCAAUGGCAACUAUAACUGUACUAGUGCGAGAACUUGGAAUCAUCUAUGUGCAUAUCUGCUCUUUUAUCUUUCUAAAAACUUAUUUAAAUUA